GACAUCAGCGUGCGCCGCCCGGCCUGGGCCCUGGUUGGCGGGUGACAACAGGAGUGUGGCGGCAUGGCGCUGUUCAUCGUCAACAGGUACCUCUGUGAUGAUGAACCUGCCAAUAGUUCGCAUGAUGAGUCCCGAUCCCAAACUUUGCUGCAGAAGCUUCAUCGAGAGGCCAAGGCCAGACAGCAACAGCUGGAGGUUAAGAGAGGUCCCAUGGAUGAAGAGGGACAGAAGAACCAAGGGGAAGAUGAGAACAGAGGAAGGAAGGACAAAAAGAGGAAAAGAGAAGCUGAGGAAGAGGCUACAAUUUCAGAGAAAAGCAGAAAGAAAGCAAGGCACCUGUCAAAUGAAUCUGAAGACAGCAGCAAAAUUGGGAGACAUGUUGAUUCCCAAGUGCUCAAACCAGAGCAGGGCAACGCAGGCUUGAGUGCUAAGCAGUUACAUAACAAAAAAGUGAAGAGUAUUAACACUGGAGUGGAGAGAAAACGCAAACAUCAAGAUCAAAGCACAAACGAUACAGAGACAUUCAAUGAAACUAAUAAUGAUCAGGCGAGACCGAACGGAGAUCUGGAAAAACCAGAGCAGACCGAAGCGAAGGAGAAAAGUGAUCAGGAUGAGAACCAUACGUCAACUGAUUCCAAAUCCAGCCUGAUCGUUCUUGGGGGGUUUCAGAAGAAAAAGAUUCAGAAGGUGCAUCGAGUCUUGCCCCAGUGGCUUGCUAAGCCCAUGCUGGUCAACAAGGACAUUAAACAGAAUCUAAACGCGAUCGAAAAUGUUCCAGGAAUCCAUGAGAAACUGCUUCAGAAACUUCGAACCAAUGGUAUCCAUUCCUUCUUCCCAGUUCAAACAGAGGUAAUCCCCAUCCUCCUGGAGAGCACAAAGCAUGGACUGUGGCUGGGCAGAGGGGGCUACAGGCCGAGAGACAUUUGUGUAUCCGCACCCACUGGCAGUGGCAAGACCCUGGCAUUCGUUAUCCCCAUUGUUCAGGCGCUGAUGGGCCGUGUGGUAUGCAGAGUUCGAGCCCUGGCUGUGCUCCCAACCAAGGAACUGGCUCAGCAGGUAUGUAAGGUGUUCAAAAGGUAUACUGAAGGCCUGGGUCUGAAAGUAGUGAUUGUUGCUGGACAGAAACAAUUUGCUGUGGAGCAGGCCUCUCUUAUUGAGCAUACGUUUACUGGCUAUUGCAGCUUGGCAGACAUCAUUGUUGCAACUCCAGGACGUUUGGUUGACCACAUUGCCAAAACAGAUGGGUUCGAUCUGCGGCAUCUCCGAUUCUUGAUAAUCGAUGAAGCAGAUCGAAUGAUUGAUAACAUGCACCAGGAUUGGCUGAACAAAGUAGAGAAUGCAGUCUACCAAGUGAAUGAAUGUUCAGCUCCAGACAGUUUGUUCCAGAGGACAAAGCCAGGAGUUUGCACAGCUGCAAGCCAUUCCCGGCUGCAGAUGCCCCUGCAGAAGCUGCUGUUUUCUGCCACCCUCACCCAGGACUCUGAGAAACUGCAGCAGUUGGCACUGCACCAACCUCAACUCUUCACCUCCAAUUACACACCAUUGGAGAGUGAGACCCAUGUGACCCAGACUGAACUCCAAGGACCUGAGGACAGCAUUGGAAAGAAGUACACCUUGCCCGAGGGCCUGACGGAAUUCAUUGUCCCAUGCAAUCUUAGAAAGAAGCCUCUGAUAAUCCUCUACUUUGUCCUGAGAAUGAAAUUCAGUCGUAUCUUGUGUUUCACCAACUCCAGAGAUGCAUCACACAGGUUGUAUCUUUUACUUUCUGCUUUUGGUGGUAUAGCAGUGGCAGAAUUUUCUUCCAGGCUUUCCCCCAAUGAAAGACGAAAGACACUGAAAGAGUUUGAGAAAGGAAAACUCCAAAUACUGAUCAGCACAGAUGCAAGUGCUAGAGGAAUUGAUGUUAAAGGUGUCACGUGUGUGGUUAACUAUGAUGCCCCACAGUUCAUCAGGACAUACAUCCACAGAGUUGGUAGAACUGCUCGAGCUGGGAAAGCUGGGCUCGCAUUCACACUCCUCCUAAAAAUGCAGGAACAGCAGUUUCUUCAAAUGCUGAGAGAUGCUGGGAGCAAAGAGAUGAAGAAGCAUAUGGUGAGACAGAAAUUCUUGACGCCAUUGAUCGAGCGCUAUGAAAAUGCUCUGCAAGUGUUUCAACAGGUUCUUAAGGAUGAAAAAAGGAGGCAACGUCUGUGAAAGAAAGAAAUGAGAAGAUUGGAAAUUAUGCGGACAAAAAUAAUGCACUGACCACUUAGGUUUAUGAAGGAACCUCAACUGGAAAACUUUGAUAUUGUUUUUAAACAAAUCUAUUUAUAUACAAAUAUAUAUUUCAGGCAGUCAAUGAUCAUAAUAGACAGUUUGUAUUCUGGGAUCAAUGGACAGUGUGUGAUGGUGUCACAUUCAUAACUGUACUGCAAUAAUUUAUGGAUGUUACUGUAGAUUGUAAUGUUAAUCUGGUGUAGAUUUCCAAGUGGAUUUUACAGCUGGUCUGUGAAACUGUCCAGAAUCUUGACAUGAUAUUGGUUAUUGGCUAGCACUGAGCCAGUGACCUAAAAGCCACAGCGCCACAUCUUUGAACGACAUUACUUGAAAUUCCUUCGCAGCCAGCAUCAAGAAACUGGGACACAGAUUCUACACAAAGAUUUGUUUCCUUAUAUAGGAUGACUGUGAUGCAGCAGUCUUUGUAGCUGGAUCUACCAUGGACUGUUCACAUUUUGUUUGACGCUUACUAGAAUGUUUUCCACUGCUGAACAUCAAUAAGAGAUGUCAAUAAAAAAUUGUGCAGAAAGAAGGGAAGGGACUAGAAGAAAAACAAUGACCUUCCUUAAAGGCAUAUUAACUUAAAAGUGACUGAUCAAACUGCUGCCAUUACUGACAAGGAAAGCAAGGUUGAUAACUGCACCAAAGGAGCUGCUCAAAAUCUAUUUCAAAAGGAACUAAGUGCCUUACGGAACCCCACUUGGACAAAUGUAUACAAUCCCACUGGGAAUCCUCAUCAUACAAACCCAUUCCUGUUCUUGGUUAACAUGCACUGAAAGAACAAGUGUAUUGUGGUAGUGGUCAAAAACAGGAAUCUAAACCAGACUUCUAAUCAAUAGUAUUAUUUCAAUCCAUGUACAAUCAAC